AGCGUCUUUGAAUCACAUUGAACUGGGCCGUAAUGGACAAGUGCUGUCUGUCUGCUGAGGAGAGCGAACGGCUUGAGAUUCACAGAGAAAUUGAGAGACAACUUCGGAAGGAUAAAGAGAACUCUCACAAAGAACUAAAGCUGCUACUUUUAGGCACAGGUGAAAGUGGGAAAAGCACCUUCAUUAAACAGAUGAGGAUCAUCCAUGGUAAAGGAUACAAGGAAGAGGACAGGAAGGGCUUUAAACGUGUUGUGCAUCAGAAUGUUAUGGUAGCCAUCCAGGCCCUCGUCAAUGCCAUGAGGAUCUUGAACAUUAACUAUAUUGACGACAACAACAUUGCGUACUCACAGAGACUGUCCCAAGUGGAGCUGAACACAGUGUCCACGUUAGAGCCCUGGCAGGUGGAGGCCAUUAGAAAAGUGUGGAAUGACCACGGUGUUCAAAUGUGCUAUGAACGCAGGAGGGAAUACCAGAUAAAUGACAACGCUAAAUAUUACCUGAGUGAUUUGGAUAGAAUCACAGCUCCCUCAUACAUCCCCACUGUCCAGGACAUCCUGAGAGUUCGAGUGUCCACAACAGGAAUCAUAGAGUAUCCCUUUGACUUCUUAAAAGUGACCUUUAGGUUGGUUGAUGUUGGUGGUCAGCGAUCAGAAAGAAGGAAAUGGAUUCACUGUUUUGAGAAUGUCACUUCAGUUAUAUUUCUCACUGCUCUAAGUGAAUAUGACCAAAAUCUCUAUGAAGGUGAAAAUGAUAAUCGACUAAAGGAAAGUCUCGCUCUAUUCAGUACUGUUCUUUCAUAUCCGUGGUUUCAAGAGUCCUCCACCAUCUUAUUUCUAAAUAAAAUUGAUUUACUAGAAGAGAAGAUUGGCCAGUCCCAUUUGCACACUUACUUCCCUCAGUACACUGGUCCAACUUGUAAUGCUGAAGCGGCAAAAACUUUCAUACGAAAAAUGUUUGUGGAUCGCCACAGCAGACGAGACAAACCUUUUUACACACAUUUCACGUGUGCAACCGACACCGGAAACAUUGACAAGGUGUUUAAAAAUGUGAAACACACUUUGUUCAGAGAUGUUCUGGGUGUGUUCAUCCCACUUUAAAGAUUCACUGCUCUGUAUCGGACUCAUUAUUGUUC